UUCUUCAAACGUAAACAUAAACGUGCUUUCGCUGUUGCAUUUUGUAAAAAUUUUGCAAAAAAUCUAAAAAUUCAAUAACUUUCCAAUUAAAUUAAGAAGUUUCAGUAUUGCUUUUACCAGCGCCAGCUAGCGUGAAUAGGUUCCAACUAAGUUUACCUCCUACCAGCUUAAGAAACCGCCUCACAACCCGCCACCAUGCCGUUCAUGAAAGGAAAAGCACCGGUUCGCCGAUCGAUCCAGUAUCUGAGUGCCGGCCGGUUGGCGCUAAAGGAGAAGAUCAGGGUCUUCAGCGUCAACUACAACACCUACGGAGAUCAUCACGAAGGGGCGAGAGAUUUCGUGUUUUGGAACAUUCCGCAGAUCCAGUACAAAAAUCCAAGUGUUCAGGUGGUCACAUUCAAAAACAUGACCCCGUCGCCGUUCAUCAAGUGCUACUACGAGGAUGGAAAACAAAUACUGAUAGACAUCGAUAGCAAAGACCGAAACGAAAUCAUGCAGCAUUUGGUGAAAGUUAUCGGAAAGACCCAAGAAACCCUCAAAGCGGAAGCCAAGUUCGCCGAAAAGCAGGACAAUCCGGCCAACUUUGGCGUCGGCUGUGCGAAACACUGCAUCUGCGAAGUACCCGGCCAAUUGCCCUGCCCCGCCGUGGUUCCUGUACCGAAGCACAUGCGAGGCAAGUACAUAUACCAAAUGAAGGAAUAAGAGAGACAGAGGAGGAUGGUUCUUUGUCAGUUCCGGGACACGAAAACGAAGCCUCCUCUAGGUUGGCUUUCAAUUGUAGUUUUAGAUCGUUGUCUAAGUAUAAUUUUCAUUAAAUAUUCUAAAAGUAAUGAGUAAGAAACGGAA